AUGAGUACGGUCAAUUAUAGUUUUAGCUGGCCUUCAGGUCCUAAAGACGUUGUUGUUACAGGUGAGUUUGAUGAAUGGAAAAGUAUUUUCCAUUUAGAAAAAUCACCAACAACCGGCGAAUUUGAAAUUACGUUGCCCAUUAAAAUUCCAGAGGAAAAAGAUAGAGUUUUCUUCAAAUUUAUUGUGGAUGGUCAAUGGGUUACUAGUGGAUUUUAUAAGAUUGGUACUGACCCAGCCGGUAUUGAAAACAACUACAUUUCGAAGCAAGAAUUACACCAUUUAGUGGAGAAAAAAGAUGAAAAAAAUGAAAAACAUAAAUCUGAUAUUGCUGCAGGAAUUGCAACUACCGCUUCUCCGAAACCAACGAAAACAAGAUCAGCUGCUGCUCCUCAACAGGGUGACACUCCUGAAGCCGUUGUAGCUCGUUCUUCCAAAAACCUUAAUGUAAAACCUUCAACUCCCCAAACUGCUUCUCCCAGUGCUCAUCCUCAGAAGCCUCAAUCUAGUCACAGUCAUGAACAUGAGCAUGCUGCUGCUACAACCACUCCUACUGCUUCUAAUGAUCCUCUCGCAGCAACGGCAGCAGCAUCUGCCCUUAGGAAAGUUAAAAUUAAAAGAAAGAUCAAGAUAAAUAAGAAAACUGGUGAAAGAAUUGUUGUAUCCGAGGAGAGGAUUCCUCUAGAUGAAGAUGAUGAGGCUGUUCUUGGUAGCACUACUUUUGAGGAAGAAGAAUUGUCACCUGCAGGUAAAGCUUCAACUAAUAGUAGCGCUCAAGGCACUCCUGGUCUUUCCAAUGCCGCAGCAGGUGCUGCAGGUAUUCCACCAUCUGUAACUGGUACUACUACUCCAACUCCAACUCGUCAAAGACAAAAACAACAACAACAACCUCGCACACCUCUGGGUUCCGUGAAUUCUCCUUCCAAUUCCCCAUCAGUCCGUAAGACUCGUCCUCUAUCCACUUCCGGUGCUCCCAAGUCUUCAUCUGGUAUCCGUUCACGUAGCGGUUCUACUAAGGAGCGUCCAGUUUCUACGGUUGGUAGACCUACAAGUCCAUCUCGUUCCAAAUCGAGUACUCCAAUGAGUUCGUCAGGUUCAGCUGCAGCUUCUGCGGGUGCUACUGCGGCGACAGCAGCAGCAGCACGUAAGGACCGUCCAACCUCAGCUGCAAUUGGUGAUUCUACCCCUAGUUCUGCUCUUAAGACAGUGUCUCGUGGUGGUUCUACAAAGAAAAACACCAAUGAGUCAGCCAAUGCAGAAGUUACAGGUCCUCUUGGUACUCGUCUUCCGGAUAAUGCUGGUGAAGAAACUUUCCAUAUCUUGCCUAUUGAAACUCCCUCCGGUGGUGACCAAGCAGCUUUUAAAUCAUUAGCCGGUGAACCAGGUCCAUUUGUUCCAAGUAAUCAGGAGCAGUUAAAGGCAUUUUCCGAAGUUAAUGAUAACGUUGAUCCCCAAGCCUUUAAUGAGAGAUUAAACAAGCAGUUCAAAGCUGAACACAAUACACCAGAAAAGAAAGCUAGUGAAAAAUUAGACAAAAAAAUCGAUUCGCAAGCUAAUACAGAAAAUCUGGACAAGCAAAAGAGUUUAGAUGAUUUGGACAAGAAAGCUAAUGAAAGUAAAUUGGAGCAAAUCAGUAAAGGUGAUGCAGUCGGAAAAUUGAAAAACGAUGAUGAAUUGCAAAAACUAGGUAAGGACUCAUUGCAGGGUAAGGAGGAUAAAAAGGAUGCUUUUGAUACCCUGAAAAACGACAAAGGUAACUUGACCGAUGCUGGUAAAAGUUUAGCAUCUGAUGCCAAGAAAAGCGCUAGUGGUCCUGGUGCUGAUACGGGUGCUGAUAGCAGUGAUGCCAAGGAUACAUUUGGUAAAUUGGGUGAAGACGAUACUUUGAAACAGCUAGGUAAAGACGCAGCUGAAGGUAAAGUCAAUAAGGAUGAUGCUCUAGAUAAGCUUGGUAAGGAUUCUACUUUGAAAGAUACUGGCGAAGGUGUCGCCGCAGGUGCUCUUGGUGGUGCUUCGUCAGGAAAGAAUAAGAAUAAGAAUAAGAAAAAGAACAAGAACAAGAAGAAUAAGAAUAAGGCCGAGAAGAGUUCUGAAAAAGAAUCCAAAGAAAAAACUGGUACUUCUGACGCUAGUAUCUCCGGCGACCUUGAAAGUGGUGAACGUCAAAUUCCUGGCGAUUACAAUACUGAGAAGGUUACCCAAGAAAAUAAGGGUGUCAAAUCCGACCUGUCGGAGACUGGAGAUCUUAGUAGCACUGACGGCAUCAGAGGUGCAAAUGAGCACGGAUACGUCCCGGGAAAAGCCGGUCCAGAACUUGACGAGAACGAUUCUUCUGCGCAUGGUGGUGUUUCCGCUCAGGGCUCUACCCCGGGUUCUACCGGUCAAGUUGUUGGUAAAGAUGCUGCUCCUCUUCGCUCUUCUGCUCAAGGAGAAACCGCUGGCGUCACUGGUCCAAGUGCCAGUAAAGGUGCUACUGAAUCUCUUGCUCCAGGUGCUGCGGCCGGUGCAGCUGGUGCUGCCGGUGCAACUGGUAUCUCUACAACAAAUGCUGGUGAGAAAGAGCUUGGUAAUGAGGCUACUGAAUAUGGUAAGAAGACUGGCUUAGACGAUAAGACUGACUUGGACAAGGAAAUUUCUGCUCUAGGUGGAAAGACCGAGUUGGAUCAAGAUGCGAAUCUCCUAAGUAAGGAAGCAGUUCCUUUGAGUGAGGACAAAACUUCUGCUACAGGCGCUGCUGCUGGUACAUCUAUAACGAAGGUGCCUGCUGACAAAGAGAAAGAGGUUACUCAAGAUUACCCCAAGAAAAAUGAACCUAGUGAAUUGCAAAACAAGGGAGAAACGGAGGAAAAGAAGAGUAAGGAAGUCAAGAGAACCGGGUCCCAAAAAAAGGAAGCAGCCUUACCAACUCUGGAUCCAAGAGCAAGAAAGAGCGCUGGUGACCCUAACUCUGGGGCAAGACCAACAUCUUCUCAACAAUAUGUUGACACUGAUAACGAUGAGAAAAACAAGGAUUACUCGGAUCCUUUAACGAAGGACACAUCUGAAAUUGCUGGCCAACAUGCUCCUAAGGCUGCUACCACUACUGGUGGUAGUGCUGCUGGUGUUGCUGGUGUUGCUGGUGCUGCUGGUGCUGCUGUUUCUUCGAAGGACACUACCAAGACAAGCAAGAGUACUCCUCCCCCUAACAAAAGUGCUGAAACCAAUGGCACCACUCCUACUAAGGCCAACAGACACUCUGUAGCAGAUGCAGAAGCUAAACCCAGUAAGAGUGCUCAUUCAAAGAGCACCCGUCCAAAGAGCGUUGCAGGCUCAGUGAAAAAAGAAAGUAAGGGUAGUACCGCCAAGGGUACUCCAGGAAGUGCCGGUUCUGCUGGAACUACUAGCGCAAAGAGUAAAAAAGAAAUUGCCACUGAUGCAUUGAAGAAAGGAAAAUCCAAAGCUGAGGUGUCUAAGGGUAAGAAUACCAAAGACACCGCCGCCGAUUUGGUCAAGACCGGUAAAUCUGGUGUCGAAGAUGGUAAGAGUCGCAAGGAAGUUGCUAAAGAUGCUUUAAAGCAGGGCAAGUCUGAAGCUGGAUCCGCCAAGGGUAAGAAUGCCAAGGAGGCUGUUAGCGAUGCCGCUAAAAGUUGUAAGAAAGAAGUAGGUGCUUCUAAGGGUAAAGGUGUCGCAAAUGAAACUGCCAAUGCAGGAAAAUCUGAAUCUGGUGCAGCAGCAGCUGCCGAACAAAAACCCCCUGGUCAAUCUACUCUUGCUAACGCUGCCAACCGCACUGACAAAAAGAAAAAAAUUGGUCUUUGGGCCAGAAUUAAGAGAAUUCUGAAAUAA